AUGGCGCUUUGCAACUGGUGCCCCCCCCCGCCCGAGGGAAGUCCUUUUUACGCUCGGCAGAGUGUGAGGCUGGAUGGGGGCGCGCGGGAGGGAUGUUUGGGGAGCAAAGGGAGAAGUGAAAAGCUGAAGCCCUGGGAGAAGUUGUUUUGUACUUCAAAUGGAGGUUGUGGACCAGCAAACACUUCUAAAUUCACCAAUUCUACCUGUUGCAUUAUUAAGCCUCAUGCUAUCAGUGAAGGAUUGUUGGGAAAGAUCCUGAUGGCUAUUCGGGAUGCAUGUUUUGAAAUUUCAGCCAUGCAGAUGUUCAAUAUGGAUUGGGUCAAUGUUGAAGAAUUCUAUGAAGUUUAUAAAGGAGUAGUAACUGAGUAUAAUGAGAUGGUGACAGAAAUGUAUUCUGGCCCUUGUGUAGCAAUAGAGAUUCAACAGAAUAACCCUUCAAAGACAUUCCGGGAAUUCUGUGGACCUGCUGAUCCCGAAAUUGCCCAGCAUUUACGCCCUGAAACCCCCCGAGCCAUCUUUGGUAAAACUAAGAUCCAGAAUGCUGUUCACUGUACGGAUCUGCCUGAGGACGGCCUCUUAGAAGUUCAAUACUUCUUCAAGAUCUUGGACAGUUAGCAGUAUAGAGAAGGUAGAGAAGACAGAAGGGCAUUCUGACAAGAGUGAUCACACACGUGAGGAAAGUGUUCAUUCUUUUAUUGUCCAUUGUUUUAACCUGACUGAUACAAGAUCAACAAGAGCACUGUACUCCUGGCAAUUAUUACAUGUUAGAACAUGGAUUUGCACUGUAGACAACAUUUAACACCAG